UACCUUCCUUAUUUUGACCCGUCCACCGUGACGUCGGAAGUUUUUCUCUCACUCGUCCCACACAUGUAACUGGAGGAGGUUGCACAAAUUACAUCGUGACAUUAAUUUUUUUGGGAAACCUUCGCAUUUUGAAACUUAGGAAUUUAAACAAAAUUUCGCAACUAUUUACAUACAAUGGAUUCAAACUACAACGCCAAUAUCUCGACGGGAUACUAUGACAUGUGGACCAGCCCGAACUUCAUGGCGUCUAUCCCGUAUGCAUUACUUGUUGCGACCGACCUGGGAACCGAACCGGACAAUGUAAAACAAGGCAAUUUUGAACAACUCGAUGCCCCGAGCGGUUUCAAAUCUUCUCCAGUUCGUGAAGCGGAACGCCUCCAAGACAAAGACGAAGUGGACACGCGCCAACAAACCGAACCAUCGCCCAUUCAAAAUUGGAGACCUUCCCGUGGUUCAAAUUCAUCCGAAAAAUCCGAGGACAAUGAUUCAUCCACCACCGCGUCCGAAACGGAGGACAACAACUCGUCGACCGAAACAGUGUACGAUUCCUCCUCCAUGGGAUCUGAAACGGGGUACGAUUUAUCCACCACAUGGUCUGAAACGCGGGACGAUACCACCACGUGGUCAGGAAAUGAGGACUCUUCCGAUUCGCAGGAAGAUGACGUUGCGGAAGUGAUUUCAAAUUGGAAGACAGCGUUGAGAAAGGAGCAGGCAAAAGAGAAUGCCCGGAUUGCCAAGGAAAUGAAAAAGGCUGCUUCACUGGAUUGCAGAUUGCAGAGCACUCCUCCCACCGGGCUCCUCUGGACUGGGUUGCUAAAAAUAGUGGAGAAACACGGAUGUUGCAGGUCUGGUGACUGCCGCCGGAGUAUGAACAGGUUGCAUAGAAGGCCGAAAAUGGAAAAAGGUGGAGACAAAUUGUGAAAUUUUGAUGUUGUGAUCGGGAUAAUUUAUUUAUUAAGUAGUUUUUAGUAAUUUUUUUAAUUUUUGACAGCGGUAGAAAUAAUUUACACUAUGGUCCAAUUAUUAAUAGUAAUUAUUUGAAUUAAGUUUGAAUUAGAAUAAAUUUACUUAUGCAAAUGCAACUC